AGUGGAAAUUGCUUGUUGUAAUGUAAUCUAAAAGAAUACAAGCAUAUUUUUUCAUUUUAUUUCUUCGGUUAUUCAAUGAUUUAUAUAAAGUUUCUAUAGUGGAUUAUAUUGAACGGAUAAUCAAAAUUAAGUUAGUGUAAAUUUAAUUAGUGUCUUCUUUUAUUUUGGCGCCUUUGCAGUACAAUAUAGAGUGGAGUUGUUACAAAAUAUUGCAAAAUGACUUCAGCUUUAUAUUUGGAACAUUACCUGGACAGUUUGCAGCAUUUACCUAUAGAAUUACAAAGAAAUUUUAAAUUAAUGAGGGAUCUCGACGACAGAGCUCACGGCCUAAUGAGGACAAUUGAUCUUAUGGCCGAUGAAUUGCUUCCUAAUAUUCCGAAAAUGGACGAAGAAACUAAAAAAGAAAAGGUGAAUACAAUUCAGGGUUUAUUUAAUAAAGCUAAAGAGUAUGGAGAUGAUAAAGUGCAGCUCGCCAUUCAGACCUACGAAUUAGUUGAUAAACACAUACGUCGCCUUGAUUCUGACCUCGCACGUUUCGAGUCCGAAAUACAAGAGAAAGUAAUGAGCUCUCGCGCAGCUCAACAGGCUGCCACGGAUCAGGAGUCUAAUCCUGCUACUGUUAAAAAAGGAAGGAAAAAGCACAAGGGAAGUGAGAAAGCCGCAGCGACAACAGGUAAGAAAAAGCGCACGGGCGCAUCGAGCGAGGAGGACGCAGUCGCUAGUGGACGGUCGGCGGCUAAGAAAAAAGCUCAACGAAAAGGUACUACAACUACAACCACAGCUGUUAAAGAGCAGGAAGAAAAUGCGGACCUGGAUUCUGUUGCGGGAAUGGCGCAUCCCAGUGACGUGCUAGAUAUGCCUGUUGAUCCAAAUGAACCUACAUACUGCCUUUGUCACCAAGUGUCCUACGGAGAAAUGAUAGGGUGUGAUAAUCCCGACUGCCCUAUUGAGUGGUUUCACUUUGCAUGUGUAGAUCUUAAAAUUAAGCCAAAAGGCAAGUGGUAUUGUCCGAAGUGUACUCAAGACAGAAAAAAGAAAUGAUCCACAGUUAAACCACCUGUUAAACAAGCAGAAAAGACUGUCACUGUUAAAAAAGAAACAAAGUGAUUAUAUUAGUCUAUAGGCAUAGUAUCUAAUAUAACAUAUUGUUUUCUAUUAAAAUAUAUAUGGAUUAAUAUAGAAUUAAUUUAUUUUUAGUGUAAAUUGAUGAAAUUAAUGUAAGUUUAAGAAUAAUAUAGGAAAAGUCAUUUUAAUGCUGAUAUAGCUUAUAAUAAAUUAAAUCCAAAAUGUGUUAUAGUGAAAAUGAAUAUUUUAUUCCGUCUAAUAUGAUUUCUUUUGAUCUAAGUAAUAUUAUCAACUAGUGAAGGCAAAAAUAUUUCAAUUGUUAUAUUAAUGUUUCAAUUUAACUAAAUAUCUUACAUAUAUUAACACUGGAUUUUAGUGCUUCCAUAGCAAUUUCAUUAGACCCUAACUUUUAUGUAAUAAUAUUUCGUAACAAUUUUAGUCAGAACUUAUAGUUGAACGAUGAAAGUACUUAUAAGUUACACAAAGACUGAAGUUCGUAAAUUCUAAAUCAAUAGUUGUUGAUUUAAUAUGGUUAAUAUUAUCAAUUAUUUGUUUCAUUUACAGUAUUUCACCACAAAUGAGCCAGCGAAUUUGUGAGUUCACAAAUUGACCAUUUGAAAAAUAAAUAAAACCAAAUUUUUAUUCAAUUACUUAUCAACUUAGAAAAUCAAAUUUUAAUGAUCUUGUUUUAAGGAAAUUAAAAGUGAGAAAUAAUGUUGUUUACUGCCAUUUAAAUUAUGUAUUUCUCAUUGUUACAUAUUAAUAGAAAGACAAGAAAAUAUGUUAAACAAUACUAUAUCCAUUUAACCUUAUCAUAUAUUUUUAUUUGAGGCUAAAAUUACUGCCAAUUUAACAUAAUAUGGCUAAAUUAGGUAAAAGAUGUAUAUAUAAAAAAAGUUAUUAAGCAAUAGUAGAUAAAUUUGAUCUGAUAAAAUGAAUUCGAGAAUGUUACUGUAUAACAAGAAUGAACAGGCAAAUAACAAUAGUUUUGGUUUUGUUUAAUAAAAAUCAAGUUGAUCUGUAUGUUACAUUGGGAAUACUCCGAUUGUUAUUUAAUAACUGUUACAAAUGAUGUUUUAAAACGAAACUCUUUUACAUAAGGUUUUAUCUUUGUGAAUAGUUUGAUCAAUACUAAUCAAUACUUACUGAACUAUAUUGACUUUGUAAAAGGAACAAAAGCUAAAGCGCCAAAAUGGUAUUUUUAAGAAACGAGUUUUCCUUUUUUUUUUUCAGAUAAAUACUGCAGCUUGUACAAAUUUAGAAGCAAAAGAUAAAAAAUAAAUAUAAAUACUACUUUCCUUUGAACUAAAUUGCAUUAAAAUAACUGAGUUAUAUUUUUUCUGAAUAAGAACACUUUAAACUUCAAUUAAUUAAAUACCAUUUUAGUGAUUUAGCGUUUCUUCCUUUCCAACGACAAUAUGAUAUUUAACAUUUUCUGACACAAUAUUUAUUUUUAUUAUUUAAUUAUGACAUACCUACUGCAUCGAUGUAUGUUUAAUUUGAAAAUAUGCUAUUUUGGUCUUAUUUGAUUUCUAUGUUAUUUUAAGUGCAUCACUAAAAGUAACCUUUCCAGACAAAUGACUUGAUAAAAAAUCUUUUGCACCACCUUUAUAUGACAAUAACACGAGAAAAGUAACUGGCCAAGUUUAUGUCAGUAGAUUAUACAGAUGUGGGAACUAACUGAAAUGUGCAUUUAAUAGAAAAAUUAAAAUUGUCAAAUAGCAAUAAAUUAAAAUAUAACAUUUUUGUUCGAUUUAAAUUGUAUUUAUAUAUUAGGGUGUGUUUCUACUGAAAUUAUUGGCAAUUUUUUGCUUGCAACUGUUUGUGAUUCCUCAAAAAGUCACCAAAAAUUUGCUAAUAACUUUAUGGUUAUUAUUAAAAACUUUUGUUACCAAAGUUCGAUGACAGAGUUGCCAAUGAUCCUUUUAUUAGAAACGCAGCUUUAGUGAUACAUCAUAUUUUAGGAUAUCAAAGGUUCAGAGUUAUAUCACUAUAAAGUGUCAAAUUAAUAAAGUUCGGUAAUUCUAAAUAUUAAAAAGUAUCAUGUUUACAUUUUUAUAUGAACUGUAUCAUGCUAAGUUGCUACAACCGCAGAUUAAGUAGCUUGUGAUAGAUAUUUUGCACUUUACUCACAAUAGGGAUAUAUCUAUUAG